AUGGAGAAGCGAACCUCUCAACAACAUGACUUGCUCGUCAAAGGAAUUGGGGAAUUCAAAGACGUUUAUGGCCUCCCAACAUCCCCACGGCACUACCAAGGAGUGGACCGCCGCGAACUCCGAGCUGUCCAGGCGUGGGCACAAGAGCUCGACACGAGCCGGCAGCAACUGGACUGGUUCUUGCGAGUGAACGACGAAGCUGCCCACAAGCUAUGUCUGAAGCUCGACAGGCUGGAUGGGAGUCUGCAAUCCGCCGGCUUCGGUCUGAAGGCUCGAUGGAGUGAGCUUCGGAACAGCUUGGGGGGGCUCUCUGACCAAAGAGCCCCGUUGGCAGAGACUCUGAACUAUGUCAGAGCUGCGCUGCGGGAGUCUCCGGGGCACAGAACUGACGAGUGCUCUUUGCUUUUAUCUCAGCUCGAAACUCGCUUCCCAGCCUUCUCGGCGAUUGGCCGGUCGAUGUAUGAGGCCAUCAGGUUGGAUUCGACAGUAGCAGUCCAGGAAUUGCUCAAUUCGCCCACCGUAAGGGAACUUGACAUGGACGGGGGCCUCAAAGUCAUUUACAACCGUAUCAUUGAACUGGCGCUAAUCUUCGACGCCACAAAAGUUCUGCGAUUGUUGCUGACAAGGGAAGAGGUAGUCACCGGAUCGCAGUUGGGAAUCGAUGACUUCCUUCGGUGGAUCAAGAUCGUCGGCCGCAAAGAGGCUGUCGCUGAUACCGACCCAGAGAGGGCUGAGGCUGCUCGAAAUCACGACGCAACAGCCACCGCAUGCCUAGACCAGCUUCUAGAGGCCUUGAAUUCCUCCGCCGAACACACAGCAGGGCUGGUUUCCAGCAUAGACAAUUUUGGGCGGAGCUCUGUCCACUACAUGGCUAGAUGCGGACAUGUGGCUGCUUUCCGACGGGUCAUCAACCUCACCCCUCAAAGGUUGCAAACAACGACGGGCCUAGUAAAAGCCCUUUUGGCUUGGGACGCGGUGGGACACACACCAUUAUCGUAUGCGAUCAUCGCUGGCCAUAUGGACAUCGUCGAGCUCAUACUCGGUAUUUUCGAGAAACAUGCAAAGUCGCCACAAGUUUCGACGUCAGCAGACUUGAUAGAGUCAUUGACGGAGCACCUCCGCCUUGCAAUAAGUCUCCAAAGAGACCAAGCCUUCCUGAGGCUACUGUCCAGCAAACUUGUCGAUCUAGGAAAGCGCGGAAGUCUUGGGGACACGGCCCUUUUACUUGCCUGUCGGAUGGCACGGGAGGACUAUGUCAAGUCGAUCCUGGCCGCCAUGUCUGAAAUGAAGAGGGAUAGAAACAUUGACGUGCCUGACAGCAGCAAUGGAUGGACAGCGUUGUUCGUUGCCGCAAGGACUGGCCAUGUUGGGAUAGUUAGACGGCUCCUGGACAGCGGCGCGGAUUCAUCGAUCUUGGACAAACAGGGCUGGACUGCUCGGGAACAUGCUGCCCUGAAGGGCUACUUACACGUGGCAGAGCUGUUGAACGUUGAGGGACCUCUCGACAUAAACGAUGGACCAGCAAAGGCGGGAUGUUAUCGCCUCCGGGAUGCCAGCAGAGAGCCACUGUCAAGCCGUUGUCUUGUUCUGAUCAAUCUUGGCGCCACUCGAAGAGGGUGGGAUGUCACAGCAGUUGAUCUAGACAGGACCUCUUCGGAUAUCUCUGUCGGACACAACAGGGGCAAGUAUACUCUGGAUGUCUCUGUUUUUGGUGCUGUGGGAGGAAGCCAGCGUGUCAAACUCCCGAUUUUACACGACACGAUCGACGAACCGUUCGAAUUCUCCGUGGAGGAGCCCGAAUCAUCGCCGCUUCGAGUCACCUUCAAGGUCUUCAAAGAUGAGACUCGGGAAGAGAGACCCGGACCGAUCUGCAGCGGCACCUGCCUCCUGGAGGACCCGAACCUACGCUUCGGAGAGAAGCGGCAGAGCAUGAUCAGGAUGCAUACGGUGCCCAUGCUGGCCCACGACGACAGCAGCAACAUGCUCGGCACGGUGACGUUCACGUACACAAUCGCCCGGCCCUACGCCGAGACAGCCAUCCCGCCACCUAUGGGCCUCACCCUGAGGAGAGGAGACGGCCCGAUGCGGCUCAUGGGCCACCGGGGCCUCGGGAUGAACAUCCAGGCCGGGGGUUACCUCCAGCUCGGCGAGAACACGGUCCAGUCCUUCCUGUCGGCCGCGCAGCUCGGGGCCUGGGGCGUCGAGUUCGACGUCCAGGUCACCAGGGACCACGAGGCCGUCGUCUACCACGACUACUCGCUCAGCGAGACCGGGACCGACAUCCCCGUCCACGACCUGUCGCUCGCGCAGUUCACCUACGCGAGCAAGAUGCAGUCGCCGGACGGCGAUGCAGACCCCCGCGGCAGCGGUGCCGGGGACGCAGGCGGCAGCGAGGACGUCGUCGUCUCGGAAGCGAACGGCGGCAUCGUGCGCACCAAGCCCCGGUCCUGGUCCGUGGCGAAGGAGCACGAGGCGAGCGUGCACGCGCGCAACAGGAUGAGGCACACAAUCGGCUUCAAGAACAAGGGGUUCGUGUCCAACACCCGGGACGGCUUCAUCCAGGAGUCCUUCACCACGCUCGACGAGCUGCUCGUCAAGCUGCCCCCGUCUGUAGCCUUUGACAUCGAGUUCAAAUACCCGCGCCUCCACGAGGCCCUGAGCGCCAACCUCUCCCCGAUAGCCAUCGAGCUCAACGCCUUCGUCGACACGGCCCUGUCCCGCAUCUUCCGCUCCCACCCCGCCUCCUCCUCCUCCUCCUCCUCCUCCUCUAGCAGCGACGAGCCCCGCCGCCGGCGGCGGCCCAUCUUCCUCUCCUCCUUCACGCCCGAGGUCUGCAUCCUCCUCGCCGCCAAGCAGUCCGCCUACCCGGUCCUCUUCAUCACCAGCGCCGGCAAGCUGCCCGCCGCCGACGCCGAGGUCCGCGCCGCGAGCCCGCAGGCCGCCGUGCGGUUCGCCCGCCGGUGGGGGCUCGCGGGCGUCGUCUUCCUGGCCGACGCGCUGCUGCUCUGCCCGCGGCUCGUGCGGUACGUGCAGGGCGCCGGGCUCGUGUGCGCCUCGUACGGCCAGCUCAACAAUGUGCCCGAGAACGUCAAGGUAGGCGAGUCUGCGUGGGAGAGCCCGUGGGGGGGAUCGUCUUCUCGCCUACUCGUCUAG